AUGGCUGUCAUUAGUCACCUGCUGGGCUAUGACCGCCGUCUCGCGGCCGUUGAGAAACUCGUCCGCGACCAUGGGCUACAGCCGUCCAAGAUCUCGACGAUGGCGUACAGUGAGCAGUAUGCAUACCCGUACAACAAUUAUCUGUUCCGAGUCGAUCUGGCUACGCCCGCCUCGUCGGCUUUCCUUCCAGGCACGCAGCCUGGCACGACCAAGGCGCCCUCCGACGGCCUUUCCGCACUCGUCGUCAAGCUUAGCAACCCAUGUGCAUCAGAUGUGAACAACACUAACCGUGUCGAGAACGACGUGGCGGUCCAGCAUCUCGUUCGUCAGUCCAUGUCGGAAGCGGGCCUCCCGCCGCUGGUGCCUGCCAUAUACGCUUGGGCACCGACGACAACAAACGAUGAGGCGAAUGAAACCGCUUUCGGCUGGAUCAUGUCGGAGCUGAGAAGCGGUGUGGACUUGGAUACGGAGUUCUCGUCCCUCGGAGCUGAGGACAAGGAGAUGGUGCUGGAGCAGGUAGCUGCCGCGCUUGGCGCCAUCCAGGCUGCGAAGUUGCCCGAGAAUGUCACAAAGUUUGGCGGGCUCACCUUCAACACGAGCGGGCAAAUUGUGAGCGGGGAAGCGACUCUCAGGAAGGGGGCGCCAGUAGACUCGUAUGCCAACUGGAGGGCUGCGAGGCUGCGCGGCCAUCUCGACCGAGCUGCCGAAAGCGCCGUUAUUCAGGGCUGGAAGAGCAAUGGCGUCGACAAGAGGAUUGAAAAUUUCCUCAACAGUGGUGGCCUGGAGAAGACGCUCGCUGGCGUCGACUUGCAGCGAAAGGGCCUGGUACACGGAGACUUUACCAUGAAUAACCUUUUGUUUGACAAAGACAGCAAGAGAAUCACGGCGGUGUUGGACUUUGACUGGUCCUUCGUCUCAAACCCGCUCGACGAGUUCCUGAGCAGCCUGUUCGAUGUCGGCGGCCAAAUUGACCUCGACAACAGCGAGCUUGAUGCCGCCAUCCUUUCGGGUGACUUUUCCACACCGACGAAGCUGGAGGAUGAAGCAGGCAAGAAAUGGGAGGCUGCCAGGGCGUGGAAUGCAACAGCGAAGAGGAACGGUGUCCUGACGCCGAGCGAGAUCCAGGGUGCCCGUCAGAUUGUCGACCUAUUGCGCUUUCAGAACUUGCUAUGCCCGUACUCGCUGGCCAAUGAAUCGUACGUCAAGAAGAUGGGUGAGGAGAAAACGACGGAGCGGCGGGUUCAAACAGAAGCAGAUAUCGUACAGUGGUUGUCGAAUCAUGGGUUCUAA